AGCGUCACUAAAUUGCCAAAGCAAAGCAGCAAUGCCCACAAAGUUCAGAGGCAUUCAGACACACCUAGGAUUACGCGAGCUUUGCUUUGUGUGCAGGGGGGUCCAAGGGUGACACCUUGUCGAGAAGAAUAGGCUCUGCUAUUGUCUGCUAUUCAAAGCUGCAUUUUCGUUGCCAAAAACCACGAAAAGAAAGGUCGCGUAAAACAGGAGGUGGGGCCGGGUACUUAGAGCAUGUUAUGCCUUUAUCACUUACACGGACUCGUUUUUCCGGUAGAAUUAGGUCUCUGGGGUGGAAGAAUACUUGUGGAGACCAGCAAUUGGCACAUCCCUCGGAGGCGUGACAAUUAAAGCCACCGAUGAGGGUCUCUGGGAGCCGAGUGGCCGACCUGCACAAGAUGAAGAUGCUCCUGGCUGCUCUGCUGCUGGCCGUUGUCUACAUGGAGCUUGCUCAGUCCCUGACAUGCUACACAUGCCACGAGCCAGUCACCACAUCCGCGUGCACGAUGAUCAGGAACUGCUCUAACAAUGAAACCAUGUGCAAGACGACCCUGUACUCCAGGGAGGACGUUUACCCCUACCUGGGUGACUCGACCGUCACAAAGAUGUGUGCCCCGCGGUGCGUCCCGUCCGACGUGGAUGGCAUCGGCAUUACACGCCCCGUCACCUGCUGCAACACCGACCUGUGCAACAGCGACGGGGCGGCCAGCCUGCAGGCCAGCCCCGUGGUGGUGGGGCUGACCACCACUGCCCUGUGCAUGCUGCUCAGGACUGGACUGAGCUGGAGCCUGGUGGGGGAAGGGCUGUGGCCCUGACGAGCUCCACGUGGCUUAGGUGGAUUCAUAAGAGGAGGUAUUUACUUACUUCUGGGUAGACACUCCUGGCCCUUCUGGAAGACACAAACUCCUUGCGCCCAUUGCCACCGACAUGCGGGACCUCCCUCAGUGCAAAUCUGUGCGUCGCCAGCUGCCAGCUCCUUGCACAUCUGUCCUGGGAUUUCUCAGCUGGGCUUUCCUUCCUAUUCCUUCCCCGUGUUUUACUCCCUAAAUAUUUAAGUGCGUGACCAUCAUGACCCCCAUUUCUAGCCCCUUCCCUGAUGUACAGCGUUGCUGAAGCAAGCUCUCUUUCUGCAGCGCAAGCCCUUUGCAUCCUAACUCUUACGCCACCUCUUUGCACCAACUCCAUUUCAGUCUUCAUGAGUCAG